AUGAGAAUAAAUAAUUGCGAUAUCAAUUACUUCGGUACAAGGAAUAACGAUGAUAUCGAACAGCAUGGAGAAGAAACAUUUGAUCAACGAGAGCAUGACCCGAAUAGUGCAAUUUCAAAUAUUUUCUCACCAUCUUGUUUUGAUGCUAUAUUACCGGAAGAACCUAUGAAACAAUCGCUGACAUGUACGAUUAGCCAUAAGCCUAUAAUUGAAGAUCAUGAAUUUGAUGUGGCAAUGAAUGAUGAGAUAUGGCUAAAAGAUAUAAGAGAUUUUUUGUCGAAAGGUCAGCAUUGGAAUUCCACUGAUCACGCAGAGCCAAUAGUGACCAAAGACGUACAUAAAUCAACAGAUAAACCAAAUUCAGAAUUAAGAGAGAAUAUACCGAAUAUCGGUGAUUUUGUUACGGGAGCAGAACCAGAGGAUCAAAUUACAGUAAAUUACAAAGAUAGAAGACUUGCCAUCAAGACCGGAGUGCAACGGGACGUUCGCCUUCAGUACAUAUCAGAUGUGUUUCCAUUAAAUGGAGAGCAGUUUGGAAUACCGCAGUCACCACAUUAUCUACAAGAUAAAGAUGGAGAAAUGCAUAUUAUUAUCCAACUGCCUAAAUAUUAUUUGAACAGAGCUCCUUUAUUGCUACGGGCAAUUUUGUUGACCGUAUGUCAUAAUGGGCAAUAUUAUAUGUAUACAGGUACAUUUUUAAGAGACAAAAAGAACGAGGAAAUUGCAUCCAGUAAUCCCGUAUAUUUUGAGUUUGAUAAACCUGAUUUUCUUACAGACGGAAUGCCAUUGAACUUGGCUUUAAUUACACAAAAAAUAUCGGAAUUAAAAGCACAGCAACCAUUGCGUCCGUUUAAUCCGCCAGAAAACUUUAUUCAUCCAUGUCACAUGACAAACUACGAGCAAGAUUACUGGAUAUAUCCAGCAGAUAUAUCCAGCAAUAAUUUAUAUUGUCGUAAUUCUGCAAGAAUUUCGAUAACUUUGGAAAUUCGACAGUAUUGUCCAAAUUCCAUUGUUCUUUCGAAAUUUGUCGAAACUAUAAUGGAAUUUGGACAAUGUCAAAAUUCUGGUGCCCAAAUUCUAAUUGCCCAAUUUCCAUAG